AUGCAGGAUUGUGUGGCUAUUACACUUUGUUUAACAACAAGUUAUUUCGUAUCUGCAGCACCAAGAACUUUAUCAGACACAACCAACGAUUUCCAUAGACGAAGUAGUAGCCCAACAAGCAAUAUUGUCUCUAGAUCAGAUAAAUACAAUCAACUCUCUCCUCAAAACUCCCCCUUUUUCCCAGAUUUACAGAUCCCAGAAGACGUGAUAACUAGCUAUGCCGGUGUAGAUCGUCAUGCCACACUCACUCUGUCUCGUAAACCCCUCGACUUAAGCAAAUACCCAGAACCUUGGUCUAAGCCAGAUAUCUAUCAUCCUGAAGUGCAAGCAGCUAUCCAAGCCAUUGACUGGGACCUGGUACCAGAUGCAUCCAUUCGUCCUGUCAAUGCAUUAGGCGACAUUGACUUUGAUUCCUAUGAUGAGAAUGAAGACACCGAUUGUUGGUGGUCUGCCUCCAACUGCAAGACUCCCAAAGUAAACUAUUUACCUCCCGAUAUUUAUACAUGUCCACGGAAAGGCGAUUGGGGUCUCACCUUUGAUGAUGGUCCCUUUAAUUUACGCGACAGUGAUGAAGAGGACGCUGACGAUGAAAAUCCUUAUGCAGAACCUAUUCUUUAUGACUUUUUGAAAAAGAAUCAUGUUAAAAGUAACCUUUUUUACAUUGGUUCCAAUGUGGUCACCUAUCCUGCUGCUGCUAAACGAGCAUUAAACGAUGGCCACUAUAUUUGUGUCCAUACCUGGUCUCAUCCACCCAUGACAACCCAAACCAACGAAGAAGCUGUGGCAGAACUCUACUGGACACUUCGUGCCAUCAAGGAAGCCACGGGUGUCACACCCAAAUGUUGGAGACCCCCACAAGGUGAUGUCGAUGAUCGUAUUCGAGCCAUUGCUUGGCAAAUGGGUAUGCGUACAGUGCUUUGGGAUAAGGAUACACAAGAUUGGGCUCUUCCUGCUCCCGGUGGUGGGGAUUUACCACCCUCAGAGGUCAACCUAAAGUUUUCCCAAUGGAUAGACGAGGAGAAAUAUGAACAAACGUCCCACGGUACAAUUGUACUUCAACAUGAAUUAAAUAGUGCUACUGUUCGUAUGGCUCAGAAAUGGCUUCCUCAGAUCAAGAAGGUCUUUCAUGUUGUUCCUGCAUUGGCUUGUAAUGGUAUCACUCAGCCCUAUUGGGAGUCUGAUUUUGAAUACCCCUCUCUUUAUUAAAUGCUAUUUUAUACUAUUUAAAUAAAAAUAUAAAAGGAUACCUUUUUUUUUAGAGACAUCAUUUCUUUUUUUUAGAAUUGUGGCGAGUGAGGAUGACUACUAUGUGUUCUUUUGUGUGCUCAUAAAAGACCUUCUUUGUUUCUAUAUUCACUCUGGUAUAAUGCCUUCUUUCAACAAUGCCCGUUACGUUGGGUAGUCAUAACACCAACAGAGUAUAAAAAUUUUGUGAGACAAUAGGACUUGCGUACUUGACAUGAACAAAAUGUUGUCUCAAACAAUGACUAUGGUCAUUACCAGAAAGAAACUGGAAUCGAGAGCAAAGAAAAAAAAAAAAACUGCAGAUCAGGGUUGAUUUCUUCCACGACUUAAAUGACCAAGUAAUGGAAUUCAGCAUUGAUGUACUAUGGUGAUAACGGUAACGCGUUAUAAAAUUCACCUUUCAGGAGUGAUGAUUGACGCGCCCACUCCAAAAAAAAAAAAAAAAAAAAAAAAAAAAAAA